AUGGCCCAAUCACACCCCACCCUACUAAGCAAAACCGUAGUGUCCUACACGUGUAAAGACGGAACCCACUUCGAGAUCCAUUUCUACCUCCGCUCGGACGCCUCCACCGUCACCUAUACAGAACCAUGCCACGCCGAUCCUUUCGCCGGACAUAACUGGAUAGAAUCGGUCCAAGUCGAGAUCUACACCAACGACAGCGUCUUCUGUGGCCAUUGCCACGGCACCCUCCUCCGGCGGCAGUUCUUCACCAAAUCUCUCGAUGAUCACCUCGCAUCCAUUGACUCGUCAGGGUACAAAUACCCCGAGCUGAGCCUCAUGGCGGAGGACUUGCUUGAUGACCGGGGUAAGCGGCGCAAAGAUUUCAAGCUGGAACAAGGCCUUCAGCAGAGUAAAAAAGAAGUUAUUUCUCUGGAUGAGCUGGAAGACGCCGAUAUUGCUGUGGUGGAGCUGAUCGCUAUUGACAAAUCCGUGCAACGCAGGGGCGUGGGCCGGGCUAUUGUGCAGACUUUGCUGGAGCAGAUUCGUUGCAGAUGCGCACCGGAGGGGUUUGUCAUGCUCGCGCGGCCGGAGGUGAUCGUGAAGAGCGGUCGAACUUGCGAGGUUAUGAGAGCGAAAGGCAGGUCGGAGGAGGAGAUUGGGGGGUAUUUACAAGAACAAGCGAGCGUGCCGAGGAUGUUUUGGCAAGGGGUGGGAUUCCGGCGAUUCAGCAAUUCCGUCUGGUUUGGGUUUGUUGGAGAUACGAAGUAG